UUCUGCCCAAACCCUAGUCCACCUCGCUCGCCCCCCUCCGAUUUAGCCCGAAACCAUCGCCUCUCGUCGCCCACACCGUCGCGACACAGUCGCGACUUGACCUAGGUGGGAAGCCAACGAAGGGAUCGCGGCGUAACAAGACCACCCAAAUUCCCAUCUUUCUGCUCCUUCCGCUCCGCUCCUCCCCGAAACUGUUGAGGAAGAUAUCUAUAGCGGCAAUAAAGCUUGUCUUUGGUCUCUUGCGGUUGGAGAUCGACGAUAGGUUCUCAGUGCUCUUAUUUUAAUCAGCAUCAAGCUUUGAUUAAAUCAUAGUGUGACCAUGGCAACCUUUGCAAAGCCAGAGAAUGCUUUGAAGCGGGCCGAGGAGUUAAUUAAUGUGGGUCAAAAGCAAGCAGCCUUACAGGCCCUCCAUGAUCUCAUCACUUCAAAGCGCUACAGGGCUUGGCAAAAGACUCUUGAAAAGAUUAUGUUUAAAUAUGUUGAAUUAUGUGUUGAUAUGAGAAAAGGAAGAUAUGCGAAAGAUGGUCUUAUACAGUACCGCAUUGUUUGUCAACAAGUAAAUGUCAGUUCCUUGGAGGAGGUUAUAAAGUACUUUAUGCAGCUUGCUACUGAGAAAGCGGAGCAAGCUCGGAACCAAGCACAAGCUUUGGAGGAUGCAUUGGAUGUAGAGGAUUUGGAAGCGGAUAAGAGACCUGAAGAUUUGAUGCUAAGCUAUGUGAGUGGGGAGAAAGGAAAGGACAGAUCUGACAGGGAGCUUGUGACCCCAUGGUUUAAAUUUUUGUGGGAGACGUACAGAACAGUUCUUGAAAUUCUAAGGAACAAUUCUAAGUUGGAAGCUUUAUAUUCUAUGACAGCACACCGAGCGUUCCAGUUUUGCAAGCAAUAUAAGAGGACAACCGAAUUUCGCAGAUUAUGCGAGAUUAUACGUAACCAUCUCGCUAAUUUAAACAAGUAUCGUGAUCAAAGGGACAGGCCUGAUCUCACAGCCCCUGAAAGUUUGCAACUUUAUUUAGAUACGAGAUUUGAACAGCUAAAAAUAGCAACUGAUCUGGAAUUAUGGCAGGAAGCCUUCCGUACUGUGGAGGAUAUUCAUGGCUUAAUGAGCAUGGUGAAAAGGCACCCAAAACCUUCCUUAAUGGUUAUAUACUAUGCUCGGUUAACAGAAAUAUUCCGGGUCUCAGAGAGUCAUCUUUAUCAUGCAUAUGCCUGGCUUAAGCUCUUUACCCUACAGAAAAGCUAUAAUAAGAAUUUAACCCAAAAAGACUUGCAAUUGAUAGCAUCCUCUGUUUUACUGUCUGCGCUGUCAGUGACCCCAUAUGAUCAUUUUCGCGGUUCUUCCCAUAUGGAAGUUGAAAAUGAGAAAGAUCGCAAUUUGCGAAUGGCUAGCCUAAUUGGUUUUAAUAUUGAUCCUAAAAAAGAAGCUAGAGAGGUGUUGUCUCGGGAAGCACUCCUUUCAGAAUUGUCUUCUAAGGGUGUGAUGGCAUGUGCUUCCCAAGAUGUGAAGGACCUUUAUUGCCUUCUCGAAAAUGAAUUCCUUCCACUUGAUCUCACAACAAAAGUUCAGCCUUUUCUCACAAAAAUUUCCAAACUCGGGGGAAAGCUUGUGUCGGUUUCUUCUCUGCCUGAAGUGCACUUGUCUCAGUAUAUUCCUGCUUUGGAAAUUCUGGCUGCUUUAAGAGUUUUACAGCAGGUUUCGAAAGUAUACAGAUCAAUUAAAAUUGAGACACUGUCCAAGAUGAUACCAUUUUUGGAUUUCUCUGCAGUUGAAAAAAUUUCUGUUGAUGCAGUAAAAUAUAAAUUUGUUGCUAUGGAAAUUGAUCAUCAGAAGGGAGCAGUUAUAUUUGGUAACGAGGACAUUGAAUCUGAUGAACUUUGUGAUCACCUCGUGGUCCUGGCGGAAUCUCUUAAUAAAGCAAGGAGCCUCAUUUAUCCACCGUUGAAGAAGCAAUCAAGAUUAGGUGAAAACCUUUACAGUUUAGCAGAUAUUGUUGAGAAGGAGCAUAGAAGGCUUCUUGCUAGAAAAUCUAUCAUUGAGAAACGCAAGGAAGAACAUGAACGUCAGAUGCUUGAAAAGGAAAGGGAAGAAGAAUCCAGAAGGCUAAAGCAACAGAAGACAACUGAGGAGGCUGAGCAGCGGCGACUUGCUGCUGAAUAUACCCGAAGAGAGGAGCAGAGAAUUCGUCGAGAAAUCGAGGAAAGAGAACUUCAAGAAGCUCAGGCAUUACUUCUGCAAUCAGAGAAAGGACCUAAAAAGAAGGGUAAAAGAGCUGUGCUUGAGGGGGAGAAGGUUACAAAGCAGGCUCUUAUUGAGAUGGCUUUGAGCGAACAACUCAAGGAACGGCAAGAAAUGGAAAAGAAACUUCAGAGGAUUGCAAAAACUAUGGAUUACAUGGAAAGAGCUAAGAGAGAGGAGGAGGCUCCCUUGAUUGAGCAGGCAUUUGAGCAGCGUUUGGAGGAGGAAAAAAUAAUUCAUGAACUAGAACAACUGAAGGAGAUUGAGCUCAGCAAGCAGCAUCAUGCAGGAGAUAUCCAAGAAAAGAAUAGGCUAGCUCGGAUUCUGGACAAUAAGGUUACCCUACAGAAAAGAAUAGAAGGUCGUCGAGAGGCAGAAUACAAACGCCUGAAAGAAGAGGGAGAAUAUCGCAUCAACCAACAAAAGGCAACCAGGAAGCACGAGAGAGAGAUCAAGCGGAAGCUUCUCUACUACAUAAAAACCGAGGAAGAAAGGUUGACCAAAAUUCGAGAAGAGGAACAAGCUCGAAAGAUUGAAGAGGAAGAAAGAAAGAAGAAGGAAGAGGCUGAGCGUAAAGCAAAGCUUGAUGAAAUCGCAGAAAAGCAGAGGCAAAGGGAGAGGGAAUUGGAUGAGAAGGAAAGGUUGAGAAAGGAAGCUCUACUUGGAAAGAAUUUAGAUUCUUUGCCCAGGCCAGCUGACUCUAUUACAGGUCCUCGCCCUGUAGAGCCUGUUGCCGCCGCAGCUGCUGCCGCUGGCGUGACUCCCCCAACUGCCACAAAUCCUGGUAAGUAUGUCCCCAAGUAUCGCCGUGAGGGUUUGGCCGUUCCUCCGCCUGAACCUGAUAAGCGGCGCGGGUUUGACGAUCGCCCUCAGCAGUCCGGCGACAGAUGGCGAAGUGAUGAUCGUGAUCGUGAUCGUCGAACUUCAUUUGGUGGUUCGAGAUUGCCUCCGCCAUCUUCUUCAUCUUGGUCGUCUUCGAGAACACGAGGUUGAUGUGGCGAGCUGCUGAUAAAAAAUGGAGGCUAAAAGUUUGUUUGCUGUUACUUUUAUAUUAAGUGGAUGGAUCAGGCACGGUGCUUUUGCUGAAACGCCAGAAAUUUUUGAUAAUUUCUGCUUCCUUCAAGGCUUUUAUUUUGUAAGUUAGUUUCAUUUGAUUUCUGGAAGUUAAGAGAGGCAACUUUCCUGAUUGUUAUGAUAUGAGUAUGUGUGUAAUGGACGGAGAAGGAUUAAUAAUUUUUUGCGAUCUUACUGUUUUCUUUUAUUUAUUUAGAAA